ACUCCCUUUCAUUUUCUGAAAAACAAAAUCCAACUGUGAGAAACGAAAGCGAAAGUGUGCGUUGACGCUGAAACAGAGUUUCCUGUUUAUUCCUGCACUUCACUCGCACUCAGUGUUGGACUUCAGGAGGGUGAACAUGGAGGAUUAUCCUUAUCCACUACUCGUGGAGGGAGAUUGGUCAUCUAUAAACGCUAAAACACUCCAAAGCAAAGUUCACAUUUAUUUCCAGAGCAGAAAGAAAUCCCAGGGAGGAGAUUGCGUCAUCCGCUGGUCCGAGACGAGCUGUACAGUCUUCUUCAAAUCACAAGAAAUCCGGGAUCAGGUUCUCAGUCAAGCUGAGCACACAGUACCCAUUGAAAAACAGGUGCUGAAGCUAAAAGUGUCCAAACCAGAUUCAGAGAGUCACAGCAAAGAAAAAUCACAAGAAUCUGCUAAAACAGGAAGUGAUGUGUCAGCUGGAGCUCUUCAACCAGUUCCAGCUGUGAGGACAGCCUGCAGUGUGCUGGUGGAGAAUGUACCUGAUGAUGUCAUCACCAACAAGCAAUUACUGGAGCUGUACUUUGACAAAUGGGGUGGACCUGUAGAGGACAUUAGCACAAAUCCAGAGGAGCAAACCAUUAUUGUUAAAUUCCGCUCACAAGAUGCUGCAAAGAGAAUUUUGGAGAAGACGGAUCACAGAUUAUCCAGUCAACCAGUCAUCAUGUGCCCAUACUUUGGUCAUAAUGCGAAUCAGACUGAAGCCAGUGAGGGUUUGGAAGAUACUCCACGGUCCAGUGCUGUGGUCCUGGAGAAUGUGCCAGAAAAUUUGAACCAAGAAUACCUCAUGCUUCUGGUGGACAGUAUCAUCAGUCAUUCUGAAGAUGAAUAUUCCUUAGAGUUAAUUCCAGAAUCAAACACUGUUGUUGUGACCUUUAAUGACCCGAGAGCUGUACAGAUGUUUCUUACAGAAUGUAGGAAUAAAAGGAAGUUCCAGGAACAUGGUCUCAAGGCCCGGCAUCUGGAGAAAAGUAGAACUGUUAAGGUGGAAAACCUGCCUGAGCAGUGCCCUGAAGAAUUUCUAGAACUUUACUUUGAAAAGCAUGUAGGUGCAGUGGAAAGGAUCAAGGCAGUAGCAGAUGAGAAAGCCGCUAUUGUCACCUUUCAUGAUCAACAGGCUGUCCAGAAAGUCCUGGGAACAGAGCACUUUAUUCGCAAGACCCCAGUUGAUAUAUAUCCAUAUUACACCUCUUUGGGUUCCGCCUUGUACGGCAAAGACAGACCAACAUGGACACUGCCCAAACCAUUUACAUAUAAGAUCCAUCCUGCCAUCAGAGAAUUCCUUCAAAAGAGGGGACAACUCUCCUCCAUCUCUGAUCAGAUGAGCUCACACUUCUGCCAAGUGAACAUGGACAAAGAUGAAGUCAUGUUCAGUCCUCUUCCUACCCUGCUGAGACAAAAGGGUAUAACCAAAAAGCACAUUGACAGCUGGAAGCAAGACACCAUAGAUGCUUUGAAAAACAUUCUCUCCAACUUUGGUGUUUUUGAGUAUACAGUGAACCCUUCAGUACUGACUGCAAGAGAAAAAGACAUUCGGUCAGUUGUAAAAGAUAAAGCUGUCCUCAAAGUGGAUUUGUCAACAGGAAGCCUGACUCUGGCAGGAAUGGCAAAAGAUAUUAACGUGUUAAAACCGAUAUUGGAGAAUGAUUUAAAGAAAGCAUCAAGUCAGAUGGAAAGGGACAUGAACAAGACCUCUGAGACCAUUAACAUGUCGUCUGCCAAAUACCUUUUACUUCAGCAGGAGGGACUGCAACACAGUGCUUCAGCCAAAUAUCCAGAGCUGGAACUGACAUACAAAAAAGACACCAAUCAGUUAAGGUUUUCUGGGCUUCUUCUGGAAAUUAUGGACAUCAAGAAUUUGAUCCUUGAGAAACAACUGAGUAUGAAAGAAAAGGCCCUGAAAAUGGACCCUUUAUUAGUGGAGUUCUUGCGAUCAGUGGACUCUGAGGAAUUGUCAAAAGAUCUGUUCACAUCCAAGGGAAUUAGUGCAGUCUACACAUUUGAAAAUGGGAACAUCAUUUUGACUGCGAGUACAGCCAAAGCACUGACUGAUGCUGAAAAGAGGCUUGAAAUGAUGCUGACAUUGCAGAACCUUUCUGUAGAAGACCUAGGUGUUCUUGGAAGGCCAGAUUGGCAAGAUCUCACAAACCAGCUAUAUGAGACAUACAAUUCAUCCAGGAAGAAAACGGUGCUCAUAAAAUCCUCAAACAACAGGGACACAAUUGUAGUCUAUGGCUUUCAGGACCCGGUUAGAGAGGUCACAAAGAGCCUGGAGCAAUUUAUCGAUACACAUUCAAUGACAGAUGAGAUAAUUCGUGCCAGGUCAUAUGCCAUGGUGAAAUACAUCAGAGAGAGGAUGCCUCAUGUUUGGCAGAAGUUCCUAAAGGGUGAUGAAUUGAACAUAAACUAUGACCCAAAAAGGCCUUUGAUUCGAGUGUCUGGGGAGCGUAUUCAUGUCCAGCCAGUGCUGAAGUCUUUUCAGAAUAUAAUAAGAAAUCUUCACACUGACAAGUUGACAAUUAGAAAGGCAGGAGCCAAAAAGUUUUUCCAGGAGCAGAGUGGCAUGUUCUCAAUGAUGAUGAAGGAACAAAGAUUUGUGUUUGUGCUUGAGGAUGCUUCUAUGGAGGAAGAGGAUGAGGAAAGGUACAAUGAGGAGAGGUAUGGUGAAGGUAGAGUGGAAGAUUUUGGACAGCUUUCCUGUGAGGUGCAGACUCCUGGUGGGAUUGUCAUCAAAGUCCUGAAGGCUGAUAUCUGUCAAUUUAAAGUAGAUGCUGUGGUCAAUGCUGCCAAUGAGGACUUGAAGCACAUUGGUGGUUUAGCAUUAGCACUUCUGAAUGCUGCAGGUCCAUCUUUACAACAAAUCAGUGAUCAAUAUGUAGCUGCACAUGGGAAACUGCAACCUGGGAAUGCUGUUACCACAAAGGCAGGUCACCUGCCAUGCAGAUAUGUAGUGCAUGCUGUAGGUCCCCGCUAUUACAAUACAGACAGGUCUACCUCUGUGAAGAAACUGAGACAGGCAGUGAGGGAAAGUCUGAACCAAGCAGUAUUGCACAGAUGCUCUUCCAUUGCAGUCCCUGCCAUCAGCUCAGGAAUAUUCGGCUUUCCUCUUGACCUCUGCACUGAGACAAUUGCUCAGGAACUACAUGCAUACAUUGAAGACCAAAAUCGACAAGCUGGCAUAAACAUGCUUAAAGAGAUCUACUUGGUGGACAAUAAUCCCAAAACUGUCAAAGCCAUGGCUCAGGCUGUUAAAAAGGAGUUUGCACAAUUCAGCCCCAGAAUGCAAAUGGGCCGUGGCCGUGGGCAUCAUGGUCAAAAUUAUCAUGGUCAUGGUAACCAAAGUCAUGGAUAUCAUGGGCAAGGUGCUGGUAGACGUCAAGGCUUUGGGGAAUGGGAGAAUGAUGCACAAGUGUACAGGGCAAAAGAUUCUGAGGAUUAUAAGAUUCAAACCCAUAGAACCCAAUUUGAGGACGUUGACAGGUCAGUGUCAGGGUUUCUUGAAACUCAGUCCACAAAAGAAGGACUAAAAAUCAUACUAAGGAAGGGGAAUAUCCAGGAUGCACGUUCAGAUGUAAUUGUCAAUACCAUCUCAGAAGACCUGGAUCUCAGUAAAGGUGCAGUCUCCAGAGCACUACUCAACACUGCUGGUCCUCAACUCCAGGCUGAAAUUCGUUCUACUAUGAGAGAAGUUGGCACUUCUAGGCUGAAUCCUGGAGACCUAGUGCCCACGAACGGCUAUAACUUACAUUGUCAAAAGGUCUUCCAGACUGUUUGUCCAUUUUGGAAUGGAGGGACUAGAUCAGAAGAUGAGAUUCUCAAAGGACUCAUUCAAAAUUGCUUGAAAAUAGCCGAAAACAAGAAAAUGACUUCGAUUACUUUCCCAGCCAUUGGCUCUGGGAACAGUGGCUUUCCCAAAGAUCUUGUCGCCAGAAUUUUUCUCAGUGAGAUUCAUGCUUUUAGUGCCAAAGUUUCUCCUCAGUCCCUGAAUGAGGUGACUGUGAUUGUGCAUCCAUCAGAUACUGAGACUGUCCAGAGUUUUGUAAAGCGCUUCAGAGGUGAAUGGAAGGGUGCUGUCAUGAAAGGAGCACAUACUGUUCAGCAAUCACCAGCUAAAAAAACACCUCCUGUUCGAUCACCACAGUCUGCUGCAGGUUUCUUUGGAACGGUUUCUACUCCUAGUCUUGGAGUGCACAAAAUGCAGAUAGGGCAUCUGAUGCUGGAGGUGUCAUCAGGUGACAUCACCAGAGAAAGCUGUGAUGCAAUCAUUAAUUCCUCCAAUCAAGCAUUCUCUCUGAAAUCAGGAGUUUCCAAGGCCAUUUUAGAUGCUGCUGGGGUAGAAGUAGAAAGGGAAUGUGCACAGAUUGUUGCGUCACAAUCUCAGCAGUCAGAGAUGAUCAUGACCUCAGGAGGCCAACUUCCAUGCAGAAACAUUAUUCACGUUCUGGGUCGAAACAAUCCUGCAGAUAUCAAGCAUGUUGUUUACUCUGUAUUAAAGCACUGUGAGGAAAAAAGGUUCUCCUCUGUUGCUUUUCCAGCACUCGGCACAGGUCAAGGUGGAGCCCCUCCUUCUGCUGUUGCAGAUGCCAUGAUUGAUGCCGUGAUUGACUUUGUGAAGAAGAAAAAAGGGACGAAUUUGCAAAAUGUAAAGUUUUUGAUAUUCCAGACAACCAUGUUGUCUGAUUUCCAUGAGAGCAUGUUGAAGAGGCAGCAAAAAAGUGUGGAGGAGGAGGGUGGAAUUAUGGGCUGGUUGAAAGAUACAUUCGGGAACAUGAGCAAAUUUUUCAGUGGUGGCAAAGCAGAAGCAUCUGCAAAUGAAGAUUUCGUGCUGGUGGGUGAGGAGUUCGAGCCUGUCGUGUUUCAGCUGUGCGGAGAGACCGAGGAGGACCUGAACGAGGCCAGAAAGCUGAUCACCAGCUUCAUUGUGAAGGAGCACAUGAGCUCAAAAAUUCAGGACUCAGCCAUCAACUAUUUCAGUCAGGAGGAGGCUGAAGUUCUGAGCAAACUCCAGAGGGAGCUCACGGUCAGCAUCAAGCUCUCAAAGAGCGGCCCUGAGCCGGUGCUCACCAUGGAAGGCCUGACACGAGACGUAGCACAGGCUGAAAGCCAAAUCCGUGACAUGAUCCGUAAAGUGGAGAAGAAUCUGAUGCGCCACCGUGAGGCCUUUAUGCUGAGCAGCCAAGUCGAGUGGCAGUAUCAGGACCGCAGUAAUAAUUUUGUGCCUUUUGAUAUUUUGACUAACUAUGACCUGGAGCAAGCUUUUAAAUUACAACAGCCUCGUGUAAUGAUCAAGAUCAAUAAUGAUCCAUAUGAGGCCCAUUUACCCUCUGGGACUGCUAAGGGGAAUAAUGGACAGAUUGAAUUGAAGAGGACCGAUCCGAGACAGCAAACUACUGUGUCUCUGCCCAGUCACUGGGAGGACAUGAAGGGGAAGUUAGUUUUGCAUGUCAAACUUCAACAAGGCAGUCAGGAAUAUGCACAUGUGGAGAAGAAGUUCAGGAAAACAGGACUGGCAUCAAAUAUCCUCCAAAUUGAAAGAGUUCAGAAUGAGACUCUUUGGAAGAACUACAUGAACCAGAAGGCAUACCUGGAUAAAAAGAACAACCACACAAACAACGAAAAGCUGCUUUUCCAUGGCACUGGCUCUGACAAUAUUGAUAAAAUCAACGAGCGAGGUUUCAAUCGCAGCUAUGCUGGGAUGCAUGGGGCCGUGUAUGGAAACGGUGUGUAUUUUGCUGUUGACCCAAGCUACUCUGCCCAAGGUUAUGCCAAGCCUGAUCUGCAAGGCCACAAACGCAUGUAUUUGGCUCGAGUGUUGGUUGGUGAUUUCACAACAGGGAAAGCUGGUCUUCUUGCACCUCCAGCCAAAAACUCCACCGGCACAGAGCAGUACGACAGUGUCACUGAUUCUAGACAAUCCAUGUUUGUGAUCUUUCAUGAUAUUCAUGCUUAUCCUGAAUACCUAAUCACUUUCCAGUAAGGGCUAUGUUUACACCGACAUGAGUUUUGUAUGAUCUAUGCUUUUCCUGCAGUUUAUCACUGUUGGGUUUUAAAAUGGAAAACCCAAAAGAGAAAAUAUAUCAAAUACUUCAAGUGUAUGAUUUGAAAAAAAUACACUUGAUUUUUCCUUAAUAUCUUUUUUUUUUGUAUAGAACACUUCCGUCAUAUCAUAUGAUCACAUAUUUACAAUUUCUUUCAUUAUUAAUGAAGUAACUUCCACAAAAUGUACAUAUAAUUAGAAGGACACUCAGUAGAGUUCAUACCUCCGCCAAGCCACAUAUUAUUGACCUCAAAAUCAACCUAGGAUAAUACUAAAGCUGUUCACCAAAUUUCAUGCAAAUCUAUUCACCACUUUUUGAGUUAUAUUGGGAACAAGUAAAAAAAUCCUGGAUCCAUAUACACAUCCGGAUUUGCAUCAAAAUCUAAUCAAUUGUUCCUUGGCCCAUGGAUCAUUUUCCCUCAAAAUUUCAUUAAAAUCUGUUUAAUACUUUGAGUUAUGUUGUAAACAAUCAAAAAAAUGGAGGUGAAAACAUAAUGUCCUCCAGCAAAUUUGGCAGAGGUAACUUACAGAUCAUGUACACUGGUAAUUUAUUCCAUCAGAACCUAUGGAUUGCUGAGAUAAUAAAGGAUUUCUGCUGCUUUCA